AAGAAUCGUCAUUUUGACCAGAAACCAAAGCCUCUUCUUCGUCUUGCUCUCUCACUAUAAUCCAGACCAACCUAACCUCCUCAUACCUCUAACCAUGGCGGCCACGUCCCUUAGGGUUUUGCUCCUCGCUCUCCUCCUCAUCGCUUCCCCCUUCCUCCAAGUCGCCAGGGGCGAGUCUGACUCUGACUCAGAAUCAGAUUCCGUAUCUGAGGUUGUGGAAGAAAACAGUGAUCUUGGGAUUGUAGGCGAUGAUGUCCAGGAUUUUGCGGAUGCAAGUUUUAGUCCAGCACCAGGAAUUGAGACAAUCUGUGUUUUCCCCAAAAAUAAAGCAAAAACGGUGGCGGCAGGGGAGCAGACUGAACUACUCGUUGGAUUGAGAAAUGAUGGGGAGUCGAGCCUGAAUGUGAUUGCAGUCAAAGCCAGUGUUCAUCUUCCAUUUGAUCACAACCUGCUGGUUCAGAAUCUUACUGCAGUGGCUUUUAACAAUGCAUCAGUUCCAGCUUCAGCUCAGGCUACCUUUCCAUACCUAUUUGCUGUCAGCAAGUUCUUGCAGCCUGGAACCUUUGACCUAGUGGGUACCAUUAUUUAUGAGAUAGACCAGCAGCCAUACCAAAGCACAUACUACAAUGGUACCAUUGAGGUUGUUGAGGCUGGUAGUCUUCUCAGCAUCGAGUCUGUUUUCCUUAUAACCCUUGGAUUUGCUCUUCUCGUCCUCUUGGGGUUAUGGAUUCACGGUCAAAUACAGCACCUUUCUAAGAAAACCAAGAGGGCUCCCAAGGUGGAAGUUGGAACCAGGUCUACAGAUGCCAACAUGGAUGAAUGGCUUCAGGGAACAGCGUAUACUCAGUCACUCAACAAUAAGUCCAAGAAGAAGAAGUAGAUUACAGAAGUUUGCGCAGUUCAGCUGCACAAGACAUUACAUGGACGUGCAGACCCUUGUAACUCACGCUAGAGAUGUGGAGAUAUUAAAGAGGCCAAAAAUUUGAGCUAGUUAUCGAAAUUAGACGAGAAAAAAAAAAUUGCGUUUUGUUGUAGUUUUUUGAAGGAAACUUUACAUUUUCACUUUUAGGUAUGAAGUUGAGAAGGAAAACUAACGCAGAUUUUCUGUUAGGAAUGAUACAAUUUCCUCGAACUUAUACAAUUUUCGUUGAGUUAUCA